AUGGCCUAUCCGCCCCCUCCAGGUAUCUCAAGCGGCUCUUCCAACAACAACCCGCCAUCCCACCCUUCCCUGCCCGCGCGGCCUCCACCUUCAAAGUCGUCAGGUGGCUUUAAACCCGCAUUUAAGCCUGCCUUCGGAGCUGCGACGACACCCUCCGCGGCACCCUCCUACUCGAGCGCACCGAGCUACUCCAGCGCAGCCGCCAAUUAUGGCUCCUCAUACCCAUCCUACUCUCAACAUGCCUCGCCCUCCAUAGGUGGCCAGGGUCCGUACCAGGCACCACCUUCAUAUCAACAAUAUACACAAGCCAGCGCUGGCUAUGGACAAACAAGCUACAGCGCCGCACCCUCGACCGCGUCCUACUCUGCCACGCCGCAGAUCCGCAAUCCGUUCCCCAUUCCCGGCACUGCAGGUCCCGAAUAUGACCCAGACAUGGCAAUGCAAAUAGCCCAGUGGCAGAGUGCGUACACCUCUAAGGACGCCUCGGCGACAACGACAUCAGCAGGCGGCACUGGUCCAGCUGGUCGCGGCACAGCUGGCACGGCAGGACCGAACGCCGAGAUCCCAGACCCCGCAGCAGCGGCAGCAGCAGCCAAUGCGCCCCCAGAGCGCAAGAAGACGGUCGUCCGAGAAGGCGGCGGCAAGAAGUGGACCGACGACACCCUCGCCGAAUGGGACCCAAGCCACCUGCGCCUCUUCGUCGGCAAUCUCGCCGGCGAAGUCACGGAUGAUUCUCUGCUGAAGGCGUUUGCGCGAUGGCAAUCUGUGCAAAAGGCUCGCGUCAUCCGCGACAAGCGCACCGCUAAGUCCAAGGGCUACGGCUUUGUAUCGUUCAGCGACGCCGACGACUUCUUCCAGGCCGCCAAAGAGAUGAAUGGAAAGUACAUCCAGAGUCACCCCGUUGUCGUUCGCAAGGCCAACACCGAGAUCAAGAUCACCAACGUCAAGGGAAACAACCACCAUAACCGUAGUAAGAAGAACAAGAAGUACUCUGGUCACGGCGGUGGCGGCGGCGGGAACAAGCAUUCUGAGGGCUCCGGCGGCUACGAGCCCCACCUUGGACCGGCGCACCACCAUGGCGUAACCAAGCCUGGCCAGAAGACCAAGAACGGCCUCAAGCUUCUUGGUUAG